UUCCAUACUGAAGUAUCGAGUAUGGCUUAUAUUUACUUUCAUAAGCACAUUUCUAUAUACAUAGAUAUAAAUCUAUGAGUUAAAAUUGGUCUGCUGCAUACGAAAGUCUAUUUGUUUAAAGAGUUCGCAAAGGUUGUGAUGAUCGCACCUAACUAAUAAUUUAUCAACAUUAUGAGCAAGGAAGUGCAUUAUGAAGGAUGGUUGAUAAAGUCACCACCUUCGAAACGAAUCUGGAGAUCGCGAUGGCGCCGACGAUGGUUCACUUUAAAACAAGGAGAAAUUCCGGAACAGUUUUGUCUUGAGUAUUACACUGAUCGUAAUUGUCGUAAACUGAAAGGUAUAAUUGAUUUAGAUCAAUGUGAGCAAGUUGAUUGUGGUCUUCGAUUGGAAAAUCGGAAACAAAAGUUCCAAUUUAUGUUUGACAUCAAAACUCCAAAACGAACAUUUUAUCUAGCUGCCGAUUCUGAAGAAGACAUGCGUGAUUGGGUUAAUUGCAUUUGCCAAGUAUGCCACUUGCACGACACAAAACAUUCUUUAGAUGAUAACGGCAGUAUCCAUUUUUCCAACAACAAGAAUACACCUGUAUUAGCAGCUGUCGACGAUUUACAGUUUCUAACAAACAAGCGUAACAAGGAACUGAAUAACGAUAAAUUAUCUGUUAUAGUACCGUCUACGUCUACGGCAGCCAUUCACUGCAACAAUGUUUAUCAGAAUAGCGACUCUACUUAUGUGAAUGCGGAGCAUAGCAAUAGUGAGUUACGCGAUGAUUUAAGUCAGGUUCAACUUCAUACUGAAAAUACUACGAAGAAUGCCAGCAUCGAACGCAGUUUAACAGUUGCGGCCUCUGGAAAUGAUGAAAAAACUUAUCUUAAUACACCCAUAUUAUCUAAUACAAAGGAAGAUAGUGCAGACUGCUUACAAGCAAAUGGAAAUGGCGUAAUACGUAAGGUUCCCGAAAAUUUAAUUCUGCAAAACUCACCUUUACUGGAAGCUUUCACACUUACCGUUCAACCAUCUCCUUCGUUAAGCACCUCCUCUGGCCCUUAUAUUCCCAUAAGUGAAUGUUUCUCAGGCAUACCUAAAUAUCAUGAAAACCCGACUACACCACUGAAUAAUUUGGAUCCAAAAUUUUAUGAUACUCCACGAAGUCAUAAUAAUAUUGGCUUAAAUCUCACCAACGAUAAAUCUUAUUCACCAAAAAUUACUAACUGUAGUGGGGAACAAAUAUCGGCUGCUAAACGUUGUCCAACGGUUAAUAAUCGUUCAGAUUCGGAUUCUGAGAGUGUAUUUACGGAUGAUGAUGAUUGGACUUACCCCAUGCCCCUCCGAGAGAAUGUUGACCGCAAUACACGGCCUUCUGACAGUUCAGUGGAAAACGAAUCAUUUGUUUUAACAUAUUCUCAACGAUUCUCUAAAUUACCUGAUGAUGUCAAUGAUAAGACAAAUGAAUUUAACUAUAAUGUUAAUUCUGAGGGAAAAAAUCAACCUUGCGAAGCAGUCAAAGUGUAUAAAAAUAAACGAAAUCUAUCCCUAGAUAUUAAAAAAAAUGAAAGUAAUAAAUACAGCACGUCAACGGAAAUACCACAACUAUCUGAUACGGAAAACACCUCGCCAGCGAUUGGACCGCAAGAUGCCAGUUCAAUUGUUGAAGACAGCUAUGAUAUACCACGCUCUCAUCAGCUUCCAUAUCAUAAUAUAGCUGAAAUGUUUAAGGAGAAAAUAUGGGAUCCGAAAACAAAACAUUCAUCGAAAUUCGUAACGUCAUUGGAUCCAAGUGCCGAUUCGAGAUCAGAUUCUCAAGAAAUUUUACGUAAACAUUUUUAUACGAAUGCAGCGCCUAAUAAUAAAUUUGAAGGAAAUGUAUUUCGUUAUGACUUCGUAGAACAUUCUGAAUUGCCACCAGUAAACCGUAAGCUGAAACCAAAAAUUAGUACCACAAAUAAAUGGCCCGAAGAAAUAACGGAAAAGCAUAAAGCAGACAAAACAGGUUAUAACGCAUUCAUUGAAGAUAUCUUGAAUUUAAGGCCUCCAUCAGUUGAUCGCAAUCUUAAGCCUAAUGCCUAUAAGUUAGUAAAUUCAACAUUGAUGGAGCACACUUUUCGUUGUUCGGUAGAUAUACCACCGUCAAUAGAUAUAUCGGCAGAAACAAAUAAAUACAUAUUGGAAACUAAAACCUUGCCACGUCAAAAUUGCUCAGUGGCAGGCAAAAAUAAAGCUCAUUUAAGUACUGGAACCAUUGACGUUUCAAUUUUACCUCAGCCGUCAGCAUCUGCAAACAGUUCAAAAUAUCAAACUAAAUUGAAACUCCUGCCAACAAAUGAACACCGACUUCAGUAUUUCGAUUUAGAUGUAGCAAAUCCACCAGCUGCAAACCGACAGAGUACAAAUAAUAUAACCAAGCAGGAGCCAAGUAAGGCCGAUUCAUUAACGCAAAGUCCUUUAAAAAGUGGUGUGGUUUAUAAUUCAGUAGACUUUUUGAAAACAGAAGCAUUUAAUCGUAUCCGUGAAGAACGUAAAAAAGAAAGUGAAAGCGUGAAUCCGAAAUAAUGAAGAUAAAUUGAUAAUUUUAUUGCACUUUUAUAUAUCCCUUAUAGAUACAGUUAUUAAUUAACACUAAACCUACCGACAAUUCUUGUAUACCUAUUCCUACCGCGCGCGGUCAAAUUGACCGGUAAUUAAAAAGAUUAUCAAUUUUAUUAUUCAGUGCAGAUAAUGGUUGAUUUGUGGCUAAAUGUAUAUAAAAUAAAGAAUUUUCAUGAAAUUUCGUCCAAAUUUAU